UCCGAAGAAACCAAGUCCACAUCUGGAGAAAUUCAAGUUGACAUAGAGGGAAGCUUGAAACUGUCCGAGGUUGUACUGGUAUCACCAAUGCUGGUAAAUUUCCCAGACACCGUCGUAGAGCAGUCCUCGACAAUGGACGUGAAGGUCGCCAAUCGCGGCUUAUCGGGAACCAUAUGGGUUGUGAAGUCUUCCAACGCCACAACAGGUAAGAAGCGAGGCCUUUCGGAGGGGUGCACUCCUUUUGAGUAG